CUAGUGUUCAGAUCUUGGUCAGGAACUGGGUGUGGUUGGCACGCCACCAUGGCCAGAUUGACCACUGGGAAAGCAGCUUGCCAGAUGGUGCUGGGCUUGCUGAUAACUUCAUUAACUGAGUCUUCCAUACUGAAUAGUGAGUGUCCUCAGCUCUGUGUUUGUGAAAUUCGUCCUUGGUUUACCCCACAGUCCACAUACAGAGAAGCCACCACUGUUGAUUGUAAUGACCUCCGCCUCACAAGGAUCCCUGGCAACCUCUCUAGUGACACACAAGUGCUUCUCUUACAGAGCAAUAACAUCGCCAAGACCGUGGAUGAGCUGCAGCAGCUUUUCAACUUGACUGAGCUGGAUUUCUCCCAGAACAACUUUACAAACAUCAAAGAGGUAGGGCUGGCAAACUUGACCCAGCUCACAACCCUGCAUCUAGAGGAAAAUCAGAUUUCAGAGAUGACGGAUUACUGUCUGCAAGACCUCAGCAACCUUCAAGAACUCUACAUCAACCAUAACCAGAUCAGUACAAUCUCUGCUAACGCCUUUUCUGGCUUGAAAAAUCUCUUAAGGCUGCACCUGAAUUCCAAUAAAUUGAAAGUGAUCGAUAGUCGCUGGUUUGAUUCCACACCCAACCUGGAAAUUCUCAUGAUUGGAGAAAACCCGGUGAUUGGAAUCCUAGACAUGAACUUCAGACCUCUCACCAACCUGAGAAGUCUAGUUUUAGCAGGAAUGUACCUCACUGAUGUUCCUGGAAACGCCUUGGUAGGUUUGGAUAGCCUCGAGAGCCUGUCUUUCUAUGACAACAAACUGAUCAAAGUCCCUCAGCUUGCCCUGCAGAAAGUUCCAAAUUUGAAAUUCUUAGACCUCAAUAAAAAUCCCAUUCACAAAAUCCAAGAAGGCGACUUUAAAGAUAUGCUUCGGUUGAAAGAGCUGGGAAUCAACAACAUGGGGGAGCUGGUUUCGGUGGACCGCUACGCCCUGGAUAACUUGCCAGAACUGACAAAGCUAGAAGCAACCAACAACCCCAAACUGUCAUACAUCCACCGCUUGGCUUUCCGGAGUGUCCCAGCGCUAGAAAGCUUGAUGUUGAACAACAACGCCUUGAACGCCGUGUACCAAAAAACAGUGGAAUCUCUUCCCAAUCUGCGCGAGAUUAGCAUCCACAGCAAUCCCCUGAGGUGUGACUGUGUCAUCCACUGGAUUAACUCCAACAAGACCAACAUUCGCUUCAUGGAGCCCCUCUCCAUGUUCUGCGCCAUGCCACCUGAGUACAGAGGGCAGCAGGUGAAGGAGGUGUUGAUCCAGGACUCAAGCGAGCAGUGUCUUCCGAUGAUAUCACACGACACAUUCCCAAAUCAUUUAAACAUGGACAUCGGCACAACACUUUUCCUAGACUGUCGGGCCAUGGCUGAGCCAGAACCAGAGAUUUACUGGGUCACCCCCAUUGGAAAUAAGAUAACUGUGGAAACUCUUUCAGAUAAAUACAAGCUAAGUAGUGAGGGCACCUUGGAGAUAGCAAACAUACAGAUUGAAGAUUCAGGAAGGUACACAUGUGUUGCCCAGAACGUCCAAGGAGCAGACACUCGAGUGGCAACAAUCAAGGUUAACGGAACCCUUCUAGAUGGUGCCCAGGUGCUGAAAAUAUACGUCAAACAGACAGAAUCUCACUCGAUUUUAGUAUCCUGGAAAGUUAAUUCCAAUGUCAUGACAUCAAACUUAAAAUGGUCAUCUGCCACUAUGAAGAUUGACAACCCCCACAUAACGUACACAGCCAGGGUGCCAGUUGAUGUCCAUGAAUAUAACCUUACGCAUCUGCAGCCUUCUACAGAUUAUGAAGUGUGUCUCACGGUGUCCAACAUCCACCAGCAAACUCAAAAGUCGUGUGUCAAUGUCACAACCAAAACCGCUGCCUUUGCCCUGGACAUCUCCGACCAUGAAACCAGCACAGCCCUUGCUGCGGUGAUGGGGUCCAUGUUCGCCGUCAUCAGUCUAGCAUCCAUUGCUAUUUACAUCGCAAAAAGGUUUAAGAGGAAAAAUUACCACCAUUCACUUAAAAAGUAUAUGCAAAAAACCUCAUCCAUCCCAUUGAACGAGCUGUACCCCCCACUCAUUAACCUCUGGGAAGGUGACAGUGACAAGGACAAAGAUGGCUCAGCAGACACCAAGCCAACCCAGGUCGACACAUCCAGAAGCUACUACAUGUGGUAACUCAGUGGGUAUUUUGCUUCUGGUAGUAAGGAGCACAAAGACAUUUUUGCUUUAUUCUGCAAAAGUAACAAGGUGAAGAAGACUUUUGUACUUUUGACUUUGCUAGUUGUGGCAGAGUGGAGAGGAUGGAUGGAUAUUUCAAAAUUUUUUAGU